AGUUGAGUGUUUUGAUCUGUAACCAAUCAGCGUUCAAAUGCCCCUGUCAACAACCUAAUCUCUAGCUCUGAUUGGACACAAUCAUUCCGCCCACGAAAGACACGUGAGAGCAUAGUUAACUCCAUAUAAAAAAAGGUUUGAUGGAAAUUCCAGUGCUACUAUGGGACUGAGGAAAAAAUGUUUUACUUGUAGUUGUCAGACUGGUAAAUCUCGACAAAUUCUGUUGGCCUAAUGGGUAUAUGGAAAGCCAAAUUCAGACAAAGUGAUUUUAUUUGUCAACGUCAAGAUUCAGUGGACCAAUGCUGGAAAUAGUGAACAUGACUUCUGCAGUUUCCCCGUGACGCACUGACGCCAGCCUGCAGGACGCACUGCUGGGUGUGUGGACGUGCCUCUGUGCGCAUCCUCCUGCCUCCCUCCUCCUCCUCCGGCGCACACAGAUCCUCUUCUGAUUGGUGGAAAUCAGCAGGAAGAGAGCUCGGCUCGUGAGAUCUGUCAAGUUCAGACAGACCAGCCAACUCUAUAAACCUACUGCUGCCACAGUCUGUCCCUCCAGACUACCAAACAUACUGCGCCCUCUUCUUUGUAGCUGUCUUUGGGGUUGCGGCGAAAUCAGAACAAAUCUGCGGACGGUGCUGCCGCAUAUAAAGAAGAGUCACUUACCUCAAAUAUUCCGGAAAUACAGCGCAGAGGGCAUCGGUGUGAGGAUGGCUGCGUACAAACUGGUCCUGAUCCGCCAUGGAGAGAGCUGCUGGAACCAGGAGAACCGCUUCUGCGGCUGGUUCGACGCGGACCUGAGUGAGGCCGGGGAGCACGAGGCAAAGAGAGGAGGACAGGCGCUGAAAGACGCUGGCUAUGAAUUUGAUAUCUGCUACACCUCUGUCCUAAAGAGGGCCAUCCGCACCCUGUGGUUUGUUCUGGACAGCAUCGACCAGAUGUGGCUGCCCGUCCACCGGACCUGGCGCCUCAAUGAGCGCCACUAUGGUGGCCUGACUGGGCUGAACAAGGCUGAAACAGCAGCUAAACAUGGAGAGGCCCAGGUCAAGAUCUGGAGGCGCUCUUUUGACACUCCUCCCCCACCCAUGGAUGAAGGGCAUGACUUCUAUCAGACCAUAAGCAAGGACCGGCGUUAUUCCGACCUGACGGAGGACCAGCUUCCCAGCUGUGAGAGUCUCAAGGACACCAUCGCCAGGGCUCUGCCCUUCUGGAACGAAGAGAUCGUUCCACAGAUCAAAGAGGGAAAGAGGGUGCUGAUUGCUGCCCAUGGCAACAGUCUCCGGGGCAUCGUCAAGCAUCUCGAGGGUAUGUCAGAGGAGGCCAUCAUGGAGCUGAACCUGCCCACAGGUAUCCCCAUCGUGUACGAGCUGGACAAGAACCUGAAGCCUUUAGGACCCAUGCAGUUCCUGGGAGAUGAGGAGACCGUCAAGAAGGCCAUGGACGCUGUGGCUGCUCAGGGCAAAGCCAAGAAAUAGACCCCCCCCCCCGAGAGCAGAUCAAUCUUGUGCUGUUCAGUUAUCAAGUUAUUGCAAGAUCAUUUCACACAAUGUGCACUUUUUUUUGAUAAUACCCAGCUUUCACACAAACAUACAAUCUAGUGUUUUGACUUGAUUGGUCUUUACUUUGUGACAUACUAAAACAUGCAUUCCAUUAUUAGACAAUGGAUAUCAGCUGUAAUAUGAUUUAAGCACUGACCAAAAUGCAAAAUUAGGGACCAGCAAAUAGGAGCAAACAGACUAACCCUGCCGAGUCAUCCCACGUAUUCCUUCCUAUUUAUGACCCAUGUAGGUGAAAUCUCAGUGGGAACAGUAUAACCUAUAAAGCGUGAAACUGGCUGUUGUUAAAAGGGCAAGUUGAUAUGCUCUGCACUGCUGAUUUUCAUUUGCUGUGGCAUUGUGAGAAAAAGAAUAAAUGUUGUGUGCUAUUAUGUGAUGAAAUCUUU